AUGGGCGAAGGGGCGGCCGGGGAUGAGAUGAUGGGUUCUUUGGCCUUGCCUUUGUCUCUGCGGCUGGUGGCUGGUGAUCCGGACCUCCUCCAGGGUGCAUGCCCCACAAACUUUGCCGCUCUUGGCGGUCUUGGUGAUGGUCUUGCCCGCGCCGGGGCAGGUGCCGGGGCAGCGCUUGAAGCUGCUGCUGCUGCUGCUGUUGCUGGUGCUGGUGCUGGUGCCGCCCUCACAGGGAGUCGUGAUGGUGGUGGUGGUGUUGGACAUGGAGGUCUUUCCGACAGCCUGGCAAGAGAAGUUUCGCAAAGGAAACUGGACCAAACUGGAGACAGAGUGGAAGGGACGGGAGUGAUGCUUACUGUGGAGACGAGAGUCUUUGCUGUUGUUGUUGCUGCUGCUUGGGCUGUCGCUGCUGCUGUUCUGAGGGUCUUUUAUCCUCCUCCAUCUGGGACGGACAAGUGCCCGGGCAAACCUAUUGUGAGAAGGAACAGAACGAAACCCGUGGGUCAACCUGCAAAGAGAAUUGCGUGUGUUUCAUCCCAACUCGGCAGACCGGUCACGCAUGCAAGGUUCGAAGGAAAGAACGCUCUAGAGGAAGACACUCAAGCAUGCGGUGAUAGGGAAAGCAGUCUUUGA